AUGAAUAAACUCGCCCAUGGGGGCCCCUACCCUGGUCGAGAGGCCGACGAGGCGGCUAUAUUCGCCCUCUGUAAAAUACAGACGGCAGCCGCUCUACCGCACACGAGGCAGCAGGUGUUGGGUGUGCCACCGAGAGCCCCGCCGGUUACAUCGCAUUUGCUUGCGGUCCCGGCGGCGGCGGCCUCGGCGGGAGUUGCGCCGCUGGUCUCGACCACUCAAGAGGUCGAUGUGCCCCCGGUUGCCCCCCUGGCCCCCGAAACACAAGAAGAGCCCGUGGCUGCGCUAGCCGUGGCCACCGAGAUGGAGGACGUCGAUCUGCCCGACGCAAAUCUGGCUGAGGCAAUUGCCGAGUCAGAGCGUCGUGACACUGACCCUGACGCUGCCCGCGCGCCCAGAAAGCGCCGGGCUAUGACAAAUGACGAUUCUGACACUCCCUCACAGACAUCUGACGCAGCGAGGCCGCGGAAGAAGGCCCCUAGGGCCUCCCGCACCUCCACCACAGAGUCUGGGACGACUAUCGCGGGCUCCUCCCGGAGCACCGCCAAGCAGAAACCGACGAAGACAACGCGGCGGUCCACUCGUCCACCUGCCGCCUCCCGGCAGCCGGACGAGGACGGUUUUGUUGCCCCACCCCGGCGGCACACUGCCAGGGCUGCUGCGCUGCAGCAACCGACCCCGCUGCCGACCGCCAACGCGUUUGCGAGCGCCAGCGUAGAUGCAUUGGACGAUGGCGCCGCGCCCCCGGCGCCUGCCCAAAAGAAGCCCUUUGCUGCCGCCACCAAGGGCGGCCCGUCAGCCUCCACCGCCCGACCUUCGGCGCAGGCGGAGGGCGAGACGCAGCAACCGACCGCGCCGUCCACGGCUUCGCCCGUGGGGGUGGCAACCCCUGCGCCCUCGCAGAGCGCGCGAGUUGCCGCCCCGCGCAGGCGUCGUCGGCGCGCGGGCCGGGCCACACCUGCCGUUGCGCAACGGACUGCCGCCAACACUCUGCCGCAGCAGAGGACGGCACCUCGUGCUGUGCCGCAACCGAGAUCGACUGCUGAUGCUCCACAGCAGCCGUCUACUUCGGAUCGGCCGCAACAGGCCGCCCCAGUGGUGGAGGCCGCCCCAGAGGCCCCCACCGCCCCCUUGGCCGCCGACGCAGCCGAGCUCCGAUCGCUCUUGCGGUCGUUGAGUCAGCUGCUCGAGCAACUCCCGCUGCCGCUGGAGACGCCUGUGGACGUCCCCACCGCGCAGCAGGACAUCGACGAAGCAUUCCAGCAUCUGGUGAGUCUCAUGCCUCAAGCAGCCGCUGCACCCCUCGGAGUCGACUCCGAUAACGACGAAGAGGAAAUGCAGACGGAGCAGACAUCGGCAGGCUCACAAGCGUCUACGUCGCGUGCCUCGAGGAAGAGGCAGAAGUCCGACGACGACUCCUCAGCCCCGGACGCGCGCAAGUUCCGCAAGGAAAACGCGCUAAACGGCACCAAAACCGGGACGAAAAUUCGCCGCCGCACGCUGAAGUCCAAAGUGGACAACGACGGCUUCGUAGCUCCCACGAAGACCGCAAAAGCCACACGACAACCGACAGCAGCACCAGUAGGCACGAGCAACAGCUUCCAAGCACUAAGUGACUCGGAAGACGAGGAGCUGACUCUGCCACCGCUGCAGCAGCGUCGCGCACCGCCGCCGCUUAUAGUGAAGUUUGAACGCCACUUUCGUGAGCUGCAGAACGCUCUGAACUUGCUGAUUGGAAGGGACAGCUACACCAUCAGCACGUCAGGCGAUGACCUUCACAAAGUGAAGGUGAAAACCACCGAACACUUCGUGAAACUCAGCGAGGAAUGCACCAGACGGGGCUGGAAUUUCUACACCUUCAGCUCCAACAGGAAGAAGCCCCUGAAGGUUGUAUUUCGAAAAAUCCCUCGCACCUUAAAGCCGGAAGAGGUGAAGGAAGAUCUGGAACAAAUGGGCUACUGCGUCGAGGAAGUCAUAAGAAUGAAACUUCAUCGCACCAAGGGACGCAACCCGCUCUUCCUGCAGCGAAGAGUUUCGGCGGGAACGUCGCACCCACGUGGAGCCCCAACGCACAGCCAGACAAAGAGGAGACGAGGCCGCCGAGGCCGCGCAUCCGGCCGACCACAUUCCGAGGCGGUCGUCAACCUCGCCCAGCAGCGCGGGAACUCCGACGCCCGGAACAAAGAGCGGCAGCAACCCCACAGGCAGCCGCAGAACGCCCCACCGGCAAUGGAGCGCGAUGGCGGACAGACUCCGCCCGCCGCCUCACAGCAGGUACAAGCGCGCCUUCACGCAGCACCGGCCGCAGCCAACCAGGCCGCAGGCCCGCCUUCCCCGCCGCAGCGAGCCGCGCCAUUGGCGGCCCAGCCGCAGGUAGUUCCCCCGCCUGCGCCCCUACCUCGGCAAUCAGCUCCUACCACCGCGCCUCGACGUAACGGAGCGGACCAAUCAGCGCCGCCCGUCCCGGACCGGUCCAGCAUGGUCGACUUCCCUGAACCGCGAUGGCGUCGGCAUCGGCCAAUCACCGGCCAGCAGCCUGCUCCAGCAGCCCACACCAACGGCGGCCAGCAGCGCAGCGGCAACCGGACCACUGGCGACGGCCAUACUGUCGGCCCCCGACAAAAUGGCGUACACACCGACCGCCAUGAUGUCGGCCCCCGACAGGAUGGCGACCGCAUCGACCGUCUCCUUGACACGAUGCAACUAAUGAUGGCUCGCGUGACCGAGCUGAUGGCCGCAGUACAGCAAGUACUCGCCAUAGCCUCUUCCACCGCCCAUCAUGCCUGA